CAAGAGAAGCUAAACCUAAUCAUCAAUUGAUGUCUUGGUUAAACUAUUUCACUGAAGAGCUUUCUAGCGUUCCUUUAGGCCCUCCUUCAAUGAAAUAUUGAGAUGAGCUCAAACUAGGAGUUGGCUUUGAUUUCAAGAUGCCCUCUUCUUUCUUCAAAGAAAAUUUCAUUUCUCCAGAAAAAGAUGUCACUUUAAGACAUAUUAUAAAAGGAGAAAAAUUGAUGGUUGCCGAAGAGACUGAGAGCCCGAAGAAAGAAUCAAGCAAGAACUCUUCCCCUAGCUCUCAUAGAACCUCAGAUGCUAGUGAAAAGACUUCGAGCAAACUCGAAAAUUUAGAGGGUACUUCUGGUUUUCUUAGCCCAGUAAGAUUAAUAACAAAGUUCCCUAAAGAUGCUACCGAGCCAAAUAAUUCACCUGAAAGAAAAACAGUCAUGAAGGAUGAAGCUAAGACUAGCCUUAGAGAAGGUACUCUCAGGUCCAAAUAUUAUAAGAAAGUUAGCCCGCCCAAGAACAACAAAUCAGUAAAUGCACAGAGAGAGGAUGUAAUAUUUAAGAUCUUGCUGAGGUCUGUAAAGAGGUUCUAUUGCCAAGAAUGCUGAAACAACAAUAACCUUAUCUAUACUCAAGGAAAAGAGGAAGAAGAGCCUAUCUUUAUUAAAAUUGAUGAAAUCUGAAAGCAAAGAUUUACAAAGUACUUCUCUGAAGAAGAAAUCUCUCGGUCUCAUCCAUUGACGAUACUGCAUGAUCCAAAAUUUUCAGUUUACUCUAAUAAAUCACUUUAUUUUGAGUUGAAACUGAUGAUUGCUUGAUUAGCUGUGAGACUGAUCAUGAAGAAGUAUGUCAGUAAGUGAAGCCUCAAAAGAAUACAUACCAAGUAUUAUGACUUGAUUUCAAAGUUCUCAAGAAGCCGGCUAACCAGCAUUCUUAAGGUGAAAUCCUUUCAGAUAAUUUUUGAAGAAUUCUUUACUUCAGAAGAAUUUAGAAUAAUGCUGGAGACUGAUGAAUCUCUAUCGAAAAAUAAAGAAAUCUAUGAGGAGAAAUCAGAGAGGCUAAUCCAGAUUCUUAAAAGAUCAUAA